AUGGGAUCUGUUGAAGUUGUCUCGAGCCGACUAGAGUCGUUACCCCCUCGCCCACCGACACCACCUCGCGAGACCAGCCUAGCUGCUGAUGCCACCGCCUCGAAGCAUCUCCUCGCCCUCCCUCCCUCCUCAGACCCUCGAUCAAGUCUCCAGACUCCACCGAGUGUAUACUCACCACUUUCCGGAGCCGACUCCACGAAUCCGAGUGUACGCAGAGCAAGGAAACGAGUGGGCUUUUCUGCUCAGGCACAAUACAACGAAGCCCCCAACUACCCAGGCGUGGCCGUCGCUGGCAACCGAUCACCCUUAUCGGCCACGUCGUCGACCCAGCCCAAACCCGUCAAGGGCAUCCUCAAACAAACUUCUUCACCGAGCCCCCUUAGCUCAAGCGUCAAACCAGACAGCUUGACGACAUCAGCGAACAUCUCAGACAUGUUGGAGUCAACGGUGAAGCAGCUCGCCGGCACAGACAGGGACUCGAAGCGAGAUGCCUACACUACAUUGGUGAUGACGUUGAAGACGUCCAACAACCUCCCGGACCGAAUCGCCUUGCAGUCCAAAAUGGGACUUUUUGUGCAAUUCAUCCAGCGAGACAUCACUUCGAAGAAUACUGCCAAUGGAGGACCAGAUGCGCCCCUUGUCAACAACGCUCUUGCUCUUCUCGCUACUUUUCUGCAUUUCCCCGCCAUUGCCUCAACGAUACCCAGCGAUUUCGGCGUUUUCUUCAUAGAUUAUUGCAUUCGAUCCUUCGAGGACCCAACAACACCCAAGGAUGUUGCUCGGCAUCUGAUGCAAGCUGUCGCUACGCAGGACUUCUCCCCGAAGAUCAUGACCCCGGAUCGCGUCCGCCGUUUGAUCAAUGCCCUUCGCAACAUCGAAGACAACCUCAAGGGAAAGAGCAUUGUCAUGUCUCGAAUUCUCAUCUACAAACGCCUGGUCCAACAGGCACGACAGUUGAUGGUGCUUCACUCUGAUUGGCUGAAUGACCUUUUCACAGACAUGUUGAGCAGGGUCAAAGAACUGCGAUCUGCUGCGAUAUCUCUGGGUCUAGAAGCCGUCUACGCGUUUGGAAAGGAAAAGUCGUUGUCCCGCAAGGUGAUGGAGCUCUUCGAUACAUCCAUUGAAGAGAUGAAGUUCGCAGAGUAUUACCACCAGCAACUUCGAACAAUGGCCAAGGAGAAGGACGACAAGCAACUCACUGCGGCUGUCCCCAAGAUCUGGAGCGUCAUAGUCGGUUUCCUACGCUGUCCUCUCGAGCGAUGGCAGUUUUUCAACCAGUGGCUGCAGCUCAUUCAGAUGGGUUUCAACAACAGUGAUCACCUCCAAACCAAGCAGGAGGCGAAUUUUGCCUGGAACCGCUUCGUCUGGUCUAUGCAUACCGAAGGCCAAUCUUUCGGCAAGCUUCUCCCGAUACUUUACCAACCCCUCAGCAGCCAAUUGAAGUCAAAGUACACAAACAAACACACCCGAGAGGUGGUUUUCGGCAGCGUGUGCAACCUCCUUUACUACACCUUCAAGCCUGGUACGAAUACUGCUCUUCUCGACAGCUACUGGGACAUUUGCGUGAAACCCUUGACAGAGCCACCAAAAGCGCAAGCAAGGAACCCUGACGCUGUUGACGAGCAUAUGCGACAGAUAACACUAAUCCUCACCGGUCUUUUCGACUCGACAACACCUCGGAUAUGGAGGGAAGAGCGCAUUAGAGAGACGACUCUUGCCCGGCCCCACGAACUCCCAGCUAUCGAUCCCAAGUGGCUCCGACGCAAUGCUGCUCGUGUGUUCCAGACUUUGGAGCCCAUCAUGGAAAGACACUUCUUCGAGCUCUCAGAUAAGAACAGUCACAUCCAUCGCUUGUGGCGCACCUUGGUCGGAGCCGUUGUCUCGGCCGCCUCCAAGGAGAUCAAAGUUUCCAUCGACACCGCGGCUUUCAUUUCCCAGAUCUGCGGCCUUUUGCUAAAGCAUUGGGAGAAUGGCUUGACCAAGAUUGAAGAUCCAACCCCUGAGAUGGCGACUAGGUUCCUGGACAGCGCUCGCGAGCUCGUCACAGUUGCUGUGGAAGCUCUGGGUCUACUGCCUUUUACCGAGAAGAUGAUUUCUCUUAGUCGUCUUAACACCUUUACGCCUGUAUCAACGCCGUCCCACAAACCGACAAAGAAUGUCGGCGACGCCCGGACUCCACUGCAACAUCUCAUCGGCUUGGUCUCUAGGCUUCCUCCGGGUAUCCCCGAUGGAGAAGAGUACGCCGACUUCUUCAAGACAUUCGUUGCGCCUUUCUUGGCCCCAAAAUCAGCAAACUCUCGAUUCGAGCUUGCACAGGAGAUGUUAUCGGCGACUCCAAUUUGGUCGCCGCCGGUCAAUCAACCUCCCUACGGACUAUGGGUCUUUGCCGCGCAGUGUCUGGCUGCGACCUUUAAUUCAUCCCAAAACAGCACACAAACUACUAGUUCUACAGGCGAACCUGCCCUCGGUCAGGAGUACCGCACGGUGGUGCGUCUCCUGGAGCGGGGUUGGAAGGAGACUCCUAAUCUACCCUGGGAGCGCUGGUGUUCGCUCUUCUUGCUGUUGUCAACCCGCUCUGGUGAGGAGACUGGUGAAGCUGGCCGGGCUUUAGGAGCUGUCGAGCCGCUUGCGAAAGUCAUCCGGGAGUCCAUUCCUCCCGACCAUGCCUCGCCACUACCGGUGAAGACGCUUCUAGCAGCAACUGAGCUUCUUGCCGUUGCUAGUCAUCCGUUGGAUAGGCAGGCAUUGGAAGCUGCUCGACGCCGGCUGUGGGGUACAGCAGUCGCUGGACCCAGAUCAUCCUCCUUUGAUCCGUUCGAUAACUUGUACAAAUUGACCAACGAGCUGAUGGAGCGACUUUAUGAGGCCGCUGAGUGUAGAAAUAUUGACGAAUCCUCCACAUCUCUCAUUAGGGAAUGUGGUGCAUUCCUGUCUCGCUGCCAUCCGGAGCUCGUUUGUAGAGCGGUGUCGAACUUGGAGAGUGGGCUUGCCAUGUGGAUCCGGGACUCGCAGGGUAUUCUGAACGCUCGUCAGAGCCCUGCUGCCUCUGAAGCUGUCAAGCAUCUCUGGGGAACCAUUUCAAACAUCAUUUUGCCCAGCGGCAAGGCACAAGAGGUCCAGCUCGACACCUUUGAGGAACUUCUCUGCGCUGCCUUUGAGAGCAAGCAUCGGCACAUUGUCAAUUCCGUUGCGGAAGCGUGGAAUUCAAUCUACGAGGAUGCUGAACACAUCCAGUACCCUCAACAUCUGAAGGCCGUCUUGCUAGCCGCCCAGCCGGUUGUAGACAUCGUUUUGCCAGGCUUAACUAUUUCCAGCGUGGCCUCCACAGACCAGAAUCGUUCGUUCGUCGAAUCACAGGACGUCAUUGAGAUGCUCUCGGUAUCCUCGACACGUUCAUCUCGUAGCAGGCCUCAGCCGCCAGCUACAUCCAACCAAUCAUCACCUCUUAGCUCUAUGAAACUUUCCCUCUCCGCGAAGAAGCAACUCGAUGAUACUCCUAAGAGAAGCCGUGGUAGGCCCCGGCGUAGCGCAACCAAAGCUCGAUUGAGGCAUGAUGAUUCCCAGAUUCAAUUCGCACCUAUUGAGAAGUCUCCUUUGAUUCCAGCAGUUAAUGACGAGUCUCAAGUUCUCACUGAACGCCAAAGGGAAGUUAGGGAGAGGCAGAAAGAUACUGCAGCCCUUUACCCAGAGAUGCGUUCCAGCCCUCAACAACAACCGCAGGAUAUCGAGGAUACGUCUACCGCUCCUGAAAAGGGCGUUGAGACCCCCAAGGGCGUUGAGACCCCCAAGGACGUGACACCUAAGCGCAACGCAAGGUACGAGGAGUUUGUCAGCUCCACCCCGACGCCUCGUCGAGGCCAGACAUUGGCUAUGGCAGAUAACGACCAGGAGAUGACGGAUCCUCCUUCUUCGCCUCCAGAGCCCCGACCCUUCCCUCUGCUACCUCAGAUCAAAUCCCGAUCUAGCAGUCGGAGUGAGCUCGAGGCCUGGCAGUUUAGCUCCUCACCGGUCUCCGGCUCUCCAUCUCCCGAUGCUGCCGCCAUGACUGAUGAGCCCCCUGAGCUCAACUUGACCGACGGCGCAACAUCUCAGCGUAUAUCCCAAGAAGGCAGCCCGGAUCUGUCAGCAGUAGACGACUCGUUCCAGAUUGUUUCCUCAAGUGCCGUGGAGGAGCCGGAGCUGCCACCGCCAGCUGUGGAGACCGCAAAGGAGACACCGCAGUCCGAGCAGUCUCAUCAGGAUGUCGCAGAAUCGUCCGCGGAAACCGUAGCUGACCCUGCACCAACAACUCCCAAGAACAACAGAGUGAUUGGUGUGGAAGAAACCAGAUCCGGCCAGGAGGUCUUCGUCGACGCCCCUUCAAGCUCGCAGCCCACAGUCCUAACCAGAUCCGCGACGCGCGCUGCGGGUAUCAAGGACCGCUCCUUUGAGAUGAGUGAUGGAGACGAAAACAGCAUGUUGAGGCUUAUUGUCGAGCUCGAUCGUAGGCGGUGCGAAAUCCCGAUCAACGAUUACCCCGCUAUUUCCCCUCCCAAAUCUGAUAAGGGUCCCAGAAGCGCUAGAAAGAAGAAGCCCGCUGUGCUUGACUGCAUUACAGUCCGAGGAGAAGAUGAUGAUGAUGAGGAGGAAGAGGAUGAGGAAGAUGAAGAAGAUGAGCCGGCGGAGCUUGCUCCUUCCCAGGUCGAGACACGAGCCCGUAAGAGCAAGUCCAAUUCGCCUGGAAGACCCUCGACUCCUGUAACCCGGUCGUCGGCCUCUUCAUCUCCCGAUAAGUCAGCCAAGAAGCGGAAGAGGGGCGGCGCUCCCAAGUACGAUACCCGUCACAAGAAGAGAAAGUCCACCGACGCCACCGAGAUCGUCGAGUCGUCUCAGCUCACCAUGUUCCCUGCGCUCGGGGAAGACGCCCCUCGUCGUCGCAGUCAGCGCUCAGCUGUCCAUGAUACCCCAUCGAAACGCUCCGUGGACCUCGAAGCCGAAGUCAACUCCCAACUGGUUAAUGAGCAAGAGGAAGCACACUUCCGAGCGAGUCAAUCAUUCCAGGGGCCUGAGCCGGAGCUGGAGCAAACGAUGACGAUAGCGCACGCGACGGCAGAAGAUUAUAUGGACGUCGAUGCCGCCGGCGUCACUGACGCUGUCGCAGACGCGCACACGGCGCCUGAAGCUCCGGGUGAAGAACCCGCCAAGGAUGUCGACAUGAUUGACUCCCUGACCGGCGUUCUCGCCAGCCUUCGCUCUGCUACGCUGUCACGGGAGGAGGUGUACAAGAUGGAGGACAUGCUUAUGGACAUCAAGAGAGAACUCUUCGCCGCCGAGGCCCGUGGGCGAGUCUGA